AUGAAUGAGUUACCCGUGCCCUGCGGACCAUGGGAUCCUUGGUACAGACAGAAACAAAGCUUUUAUAUGAAGCAUUUCUUAUUUGGAUUGGCAUGGUUACUAUUUUCAUUUGGUAUGGCUGUUUACACGGAUAGCUUAUACCUUAAUUGGGGACCUCCUGAUUUCCCAUCACCUCCUAGCGAUAUGGUGGACGAAUGUGAAGACCCGUAAGCU